AUGUCCCCUUCCCUGCUUCCCCCCGUCCCCUUCCCUGCUUCCCCCCAUCCCCUUCCCUGCUUCCCCGUGUCCCUUUCCCUGCUUCCCCCCAUCCCCUGCCCUUCAUCCCCCCAUCCCCUUCCCUGCUUCCCCGUGUCCCUUUCCCUGCUUCCCCCCAUCCCCUUCCCUUCAUCCCCCCAUCCCCUUCCUUUAUGUUCCCCCAUCCCCUUCCCUGCUUCCCCAUGUCCCCUUCCCUGCUUCCCCAUGUCCCCUUCCCUUCCUCCCCCCAUCCCCUUCCCUGCUUCCCCGUGUCCCUUUCCCUGCUUCCCCCCAUCCCCUUCCCUGCUCCCCCCCAUCCCCUCCCCUGCUUCCCCGUGUCCCUUUCCCUUCCUCCCCCCAUCCCCUUCCCUGCUUCCCCAUGUCCCUUUACAAGCUUCCCCCCAUCCUCUUCCCUGCGUGACGUGCCCACAGAGUGGAGGUGGGAGCGGGUGUGGGGGCAGUGGGGAGCUGCGAGGAGGACGAGGAGGAGCAGCCCCUGGCGCUGGCAGCUUCCUUGGAGGGGCACACAGAGGAAGAGGGGGGCGAGGUGGGGAGGUGGGCAAGGUGGGGAGCAAGGUGGGGAGCAAGGUGGGGAGCAAGGUGGGGAGCAAGGUGGGGAGCAAGGUGGGGAGCAAGGUGGGGAGCAAGGUGGGGAGCAAGGUGGGGAGCAAGGUGGGGAGCAAGGUGGGGAGCAAGGUGGGGAGCAAGGUGGGGAGCAAGGUGGGGAGCAAGGUGGGGAGCAAGGUGGGGAGCAAGGUGGGGAGCAAGGUGGGGAGCAAGGUGGGGAGCAAGGUGGGGAGCAAGGUGGGGAGCAAGGUGGGGAGCAAGGUGGGGAGCAAGGUGGGGAGCAAGGUGGGGAGCAAGGUGGGGAGCAAGGUGGGGAGCAAGGUGGGGAGCAAGGUGGGGAGCAAGGUGGGGAGCAAGGUGGGGAGCAAGGUGGGGAGCAAGGUGGCUGAAAUGCUUAAUAUAUGCUCUGGCAUCCCCGUCACUGUCGCCAUCCCUCCCUUCUCCCUUCCCAACUCGCACACUUGUCACGCCCACUCACUCCUUUGGUCUCCCACGCCCCACUCUCCAGCCCCUCAGCUGCUGGAAAGCAGAUCUACGACCGGAUCCGCCCCGAGGCGAACCCCUCCGCGCACCGCCACGCCGGUCACGAAGCAGCAGCAGCCCACAGCGCACUUCGGCAGAAUAUGCGAGAUAGGGCGUGCAGCUGGCAGAGCUGCGAGGCAGCCUCUUCUCGAGACUGCCUUCAGCCUCCCCUGCUGCCCCAUACCAUAUGCUGACUUGCGCCCGAUAAGGCCCUGCAUUUGA